CUAAAGUCAGUCAGUGAGUGUCAAAUAUUUUAGGUUAUGUUGCGAAGAUAGUUGAAAACAAUCCACUUUUCUAGUAUUGUUGGAAAGAUAUAAAAACAGAAUAAUGCUUAGCAAUGUUAGAAACGCUCUACGGAUUCCCGUAGCAGGUGUGGCGCGAUUAUUUCAGACAUCAGUACCCCGAACUUCGGAAAAGUUUGAUCACAAGAGGAUACCUCAGGAAGACGAAGGUGUCCAAGGAGAAAAAGUUGUUGAUCUAGACUCAGUGCUGAAGACAAAACAGAACUUAUUUCCAACUCUAGAUUCUGAUAACCAAAUAUUCGGAGGUAUAUUGUACAAACAGCUCCCCAUCUGCAACAUCCGUGUCUCUCAUAACAACACCAUAUUUACGAUGACCGAUGCUAGUGGCUCUGUGAAGAUCAUCAGAUCGUGUGGUAUGGAAGGCUUCAAAAAUACCAAGAAGGGAACCAAUAUUGCUGCUCAAACUACUGCCAUUGCUAUAGCCACUAAAGCCAUAGAUAGAGGUUUCAAAACUAUCAGAGUAAGAGUGCAAGGAUUGGGACCAGGAAGACUGGCAGCUGUAAAAGGUUUACAAAUGGGUGGCUUGGAUAUAGUCUCAAUCACAGACAACACCCACGUAUCAUGGAACCCGCCCCGACCAAGAAAAGCCAGGAGAUUGUAAUUUAAUCUAAUUAGUAGUAACUAGUUCUACAUUCGUCAUGUACAAAUAAACAAAACUUGUAACUGUA